AAAUUAGUUGUUGUCGGAACGCGGUCGAGUGUUAAAGUCUGUGAGUGGUAGCGGUGUGGCGUUGUGUUGUGGUCUGUCUUCCGGGAGAUUUGGAUGUGAUUCGUUCGUAAGUAAUCACAUACAUUUGAAUGCGAAGACGAAAGAGAAAUUUAUAAUAACCUGUUGUGGCUUAAAGUGAAUUAUUAAAACAAAAAUUAAAUGAAAUUUAAUUUUCAUGGAAACAUGUUACAUAGAAAUUUUAUAUGAAAAAUUAACAAGUGCCUAUCCAAAUGAGCAAUUCCAAGUGAAUUUUUGUUGAUGAAAGUGUUUUUAAUUCAGUUUUUCCUUAUUCAUGGUGUAAAUUUGGUGACAUUACACAAUUUUUUGUAUGCAGAGAAGAAGAGUAAACCUCUCAAGAUAUAUAAAAUAUUAAUAAAACGGCUGAAUGUGAGAGUGGUGAACUAAAAAAAAAACCAACUAAAAAGUCGGUCGGAUAGCAAAACAACACAAAGAGAAACAAACACAGCUCUCCAAAUGCAAUAAUUGGAAACGAGCUCAAUGAUUGGAGAUGCAAUUGGAAAAGGAAAGCCCAAGAUAGCAACACAAACGAACCACUAUGGGACGCGUUUCGUCUUUGGUUCGAAGACUUUUCAACCAGAUUAGGUGUGAUGGCUUCAUGGACCGUGCGUUGCAAAUUCACUAUGGACAGUACAAAAAAACCUCAAAAGGAGAAUCCAAGACGCUUAGCUAAUCUACUAUCACAAUUAAUAUUUGGCUGGUCCAUACCAUUGCUGUACAAAGGAUGCCGACAGGGUCUGACCAACGAGGAUCUCACAAAAUGUCUGUCAGAAGAUUGUUCCGAAGAACUGGGCGAUCAAUUGGAAAGAAACUGGUAUAACGAAGUGGAAAAAUCAAAAGCCCGCAACAAAGAACCCUUGCUGCGCACUGCCAUACUAAAGACAUUUUGGCGUUCAGCCGUUCUCGAUGGUUUCAUCUGUCUGGUUUACAUAACUCUCAAAUCACUUAUACCCGCCGUAUUAGCUCAAUUAUUGCUGCAAUUUCAGCAGCCUGCCGUUAUUACCCAAGAUGACACAACAUUCGAAUUGGAUGGAGCGGCGUCCCUUCUGGAUGGCAAUGCGACUGCUCAUCGAAAUGUGCGUUCCAUAGAUAUUAACCCUAGCACAAAUGAAGGCACAAAUCUUAACUUAUUAUCAUCUGCGGAGAGUAAAUCCUCGCCGACAAAUCCCUACAAUGCCUCUGCGUCCUCUGACGAAAUUGUGCGUGAAGACUUUGAUCAAAAUGUCAUCGAUUAUAUAUGGAAUGAUGUUCAUUGGCUGGGUACCAUACUUGUCAUAGCCACCCUCAUUGGAUGUUUUCUCAUACAUCAUGUGGAUUUACGUCAGCGUUUGUUGGGUGCGCGCAUGCGCAUUGCUUGCUGUUCCUUGAUUUAUCGUAAGACAAUAAGCCUGUCCAUGAAAUCAGCCGGCCAGACACCUGCAGGCUAUCUCAUCAAUUUGUUGUCGAACGAUGUUAACCGCUUGGAUUAUGGCUUCAUCUUUGUCCAUUGGAUAUGGAUUUUGCCUUUGCAAUCGGUUCUCAUAUGCUAUUUGAUAUGGACAAAAAUUGGCUUGGCCGCAGUGGUGGGUGUAGUGGGUUUGCUGUUGAAGACCAUACCUGUGCAGACGGGGCUGAGCAAGCUGGCUUCCAAGUUGCGCAUGAAAAUUGCCGAAAGAACCGAUGCCAGAGUGGGCAUUAUGAAUGAAUUGGUACAGGGUAUACAGGUGAUCAAAAUGUAUGCCUGGGAGAAGCCAUUUCAGACUGUGGUCAAGGAGGCCCGAAGACGUGAAGUCAAACAGAUACGUUAUGCCUCCUAUCUGAGGGGAUUCUAUCUCAGCACCAUGGUAUUUACUGAACGUUCGACGCUGUACAUAACCAUAGCAGCGGCUGUCCUAAUGGGCAGCACAGUUUCCGCAGAUAUAGUGUUCUCCAUGGCGGGCUAUUACAAUAUUUUCCAAUUGGUGGCUGCUAUAUGGUAUCCCUUGGCGGUGUCAUUUGGUGCUGAGGCUUUGGUGUCCCUAAAACGUGUACAAACUUUCCUGCAAAUGGAUGGCUGUGAGGAGCAUACCACUGGAUUGACCUACAAACCGAACAUUGAAGGUGACAAGCAGGCGGUAACACUCAAACAGGUUUCGGCAAAUUGGGAUGCCUUAAAGCCCCAGAAGACUCUGCAGGAUAUUAAUUUGGUUAUACCUAAGGGUCAGUUGUGUGCUGUUAUAGGGCCUGUAGGUGCAGGAAAGAGCUCCAUCAUUCAGCUUAUUUUGGGUGAACUGCCCUUAACGGCUGGUGAUGUUGAGGUACAGGGUCAUGUUUCCUAUGCUGCCCAAGAACCCUGGCUAUUCACCGGCACCGUACGCCAAAACAUUCUAUUCGGCGAGGAAUUCCAUCGCAAACGCUAUGAUGAAAUCACCAAAUGUUGUGCCUUAACCACGGAUUUUGAACAGCUGCAAAAUGGCGAUAAAACCGUGGUGGGAGAACGUGGAGCCUCUUUGUCUGGCGGUCAGAGGGCCCGCAUUAGUUUAGCUAGAGCUAUUUAUAAGCCUGCCAAUAUAUAUCUGCUGGAUGAUCCCUUGAGUGCUGUUGAUGCCCAUGUGGGUCGGCAUUUGUUUGAUGAGGUGAUAGGUCCCAAAGGACGUUUGGCCAAUGAAAAGGCCACACGCCUGCUGGUGACCCAUCAGAUUCAUUUUCUCAAUGAAGCCGAUUGGAUUGUGAUAGUGGAAAAUGGUCGCAUCUCACGACAGGGCACCUAUGAAGAGCUGCUGUCAAGUGAGUUGGAUUUUGCAAAGCUAUUGGAUAGGCCCAAAGUUUCUACGCCCAAUGGCGGCAACAUUUCCGAGGAUCCCAGUCUCUACGAAGAUGAGGAGGAUAUACCCUACAUAGAUGGGCAACAGGAGGGGAUGGGCUAUCAGGCGGUGCGUAGUAGGAGUAGCACAAUCGAAGGUAGCCCACGCAAGAAGUCCGAUAGUGCAGAUCCGGAUGAGGAGGAAAACAAAAUGUUGAACGAAGAACAGGCUGAAGGUGGUGUAAGUGGCCGUGUUUGGUGGGAAUAUUUCCGAGCCGGCAGCACACUCAUGGGUUUUAGUUUUAUGGUAUUUGUCAUGCUGUUGUCCCAGGUGGUAUGCAGUGGUUCGGAUUUUUUUGUUAACAUCUGGACCCAGCAGGAAUAUCUGCGUUCAAAUAAUGAAACCACUAUUCUGACAACAUAUGAGUGCCUCUAUAUAUAUGGUGCCCUUAUCAUAGGAGUUGUUGUGAUGACUGUCUUCCGUGGCUUUUUGUUCUUCAAAAUCUGCAUGCAUGCCUCAAAAGUUUUGCAUGAUCGCAUGUUUGCUGCCAUUCUGAAUGCUGCCAUGCGUUUCUUUGAUCAAAAUCCCUCGGGACGCAUUCUUAAUAGAUUUUCCAAAGACAUGGGAGCCAUAGAUGAGUUCCUGCCCAAGGCCAUGAUGGAUUUCAUACAAAUUGCUUUGGUCAUGUUUGGCAUUUUGGUGGUGAUUUGUGUGGUCAAUCCCAUAUUGAUGUUGGCCAUAGUAACAGUGGCCCUUAUCGACUGUUUGAUAUUAAAGGUGUAUUUAAGGCCCUCGCAGGAUCUCAAACGUCUGGAAGGCAUAUGUCGUAGUCCUGUAUUUUCGCACUUAUCUGCCACUCUCUCCGGCUUGGCCACCAUAAGAUCACGUAAUCUGCAAGAUACUGUGGCCAAGGAGUUCGAUCAGCUGCAGGAUGUACAUAGUGGAGUGUGGCAAUUGACCAUGGCUGCCAACACAGCACUGGGCCUAUGGUUGGAUUGUGUCAGUUGUUGUUUUCUGACCUGUGUUACUUUCAGUUUCAUAAUAUUGAGUGGGCAAACCUAUAGUGGCAAUGUUGGUUUGGCCAUAUCCCAGGCCAUGAUCUUGACCGGCAUGGUGCAAUAUGGUGUACGUCAAGUUGCCGAAUCUUUGCAGCAGAUGACCAGUGUGGAACGCGUGCUACAAUACACCGAUUUGGAAGCUGAGAGCCAUGAAAUCAAGCAACCUCCAGUUAGCUGGCCCACCCAUGGUCUCAUAGAAUUCCGUAAUAUGUCCUAUCGUUAUGAUCCCAACGGCGAGGCUGUUCUAAAGAGUCUUAAUUUGAUCAUACAACCAGCCUGGAAGGUGGGAAUAGUGGGACGCACGGGAGCUGGAAAAUCAUCUUUGAUAGGAGUACUAUUUCGCUUGGCCCACAUAGAAGGUGGUAUUAUUAUCGAUGGCAUUGAUACGGGAACCAUAAACUUGGAAUCUCUGCGUUCGAAAAUUUCCAUUAUACCUCAAGAUCCGGUAUUAUUUUCAGCCACAAUACGUUAUAAUUUAGACCCCUUUGAGAAAUACUCGGAUGCUGAUAUAUGGAGAGCCUUAGAAGAAGUCGAAUUGAAAAGUGCUAUACCCAGUUUGGACUUUUUUGUUACGGAACGUGGCAGCAAUUUUAGUGUGGGUCAACGCCAAUUGAUUUGUUUGGCCCGUGCCGUAUUACGUAAUAAUAAAAUAUUGGUAUUGGAUGAAGCAACCGCAAAUGUAGAUCCACAAACUGAUGCGUUAAUACAACGGGCAAUACGCAUUAAAUUUAAACAUUGUACAGUUUUAACCGUGGCGCAUCGUUUACAAACGGUAAUGGACUCAGAUCGCAUAUUGGUUAUGGAUGCGGGACAGGCCAAAGAAUUUGAUGUACCCCAUUUGUUGUUGAAAAAUCCCAAUGGUGCCUUAAGACAAAUGGUGGAAGCCACAGGGGAAGCAGAAACACUAAAGAAAAUUGCCAGUAAAACUUAUCAUGGUGCUUAAAGGCAGGAAACACAUGUGUGCUAAAAAAAUACUUAAGAAUUUUACAAACGAAAAAAGUCAUUUUCGUGAAUUUAAACUCUAACACUAAAGUAAUUAUAACAAAUGUUCUUAUUUUUUGAAAUUAAGUACUUACGCCGGAAAUGUGAGAAAGAGAUUGUUAUAAUUAUAAUAUUCUUUAUGUAUGUAUUUGUAAUAGUUCUUUAUUUGUUUUUU